AUGGAGAAGGUGGAUUGUAAAUUGAUGAUGAAUGUGUGCUGCGGUAUUGAACGGAACAAGGGCGGAGUGAAUCACGGAUUAGUGAUUGUGGAUGGUAAUAGUGAGGCGACGGGAAGAAGGCAGUGGUCUUGUUACGGUGAGGAUGGUUGGGAACAGUGGAAUGGGUUUGUGAUGAAAGGUGAACAGAGGCAGAGGGAAUUGGACAGGAUCAGAGGUAGUGGUGUUGCGUGUGAUAGAGGCGAUGAUGAUGGAUACCGUGACAGAGAAGGGCGUUGUUAUAGGGCGUGGAGCAUGGGAAGUUGGAGAGAGGGAGUAUUGGUUUUGGUAACAGAAAUUGGGACGGAAAGCAGGUUCGUUGGUGUUGUUGUUAAGGAGAAAGAAGGAGAUGUUAAUGAUGGUGGGGUAAUCAAAGGAAGCGGAAGGAGAUGUUUGGGUGAAGGUGUUUGUGGCUUUGGGGAUGGGUUUGGAGUGGAGUGA